AUGGGGCGCGGAAAAAUAGAAAUUAAGAAAAUAGAGAAUCCUACUAGCAGGCAGGUCACGUUUUCUAAGCGACGUGGGGGCCUGAUGAAGAAGGCCCAUGAGCUUUCAGUGCUGUGCGAUGCAGAAAUAGCAGUUAUAAUCUUCUCCAGCACGGGAAAGCUCUUUGAAUUCUCAAGCAAUGGAGGAAUGAAGGAGAUUCUUGAAAGAUACAGCAAGAAUCCAGAUGGGAUCCAGGCAGGGAGAAUGGGAGACAACAACGACUACAUGAGUCGGGAAGUGAUGAAGUUGCGACAGCAGUUGGAGCACUCUCAGCAUACUCAGAGGCACAUGUUGGGUGAAGACCUAACAGUUUUGAGUGUACCUGAUUUGCUCCAGCUCGAGCAGCAACUUGAUGUAGGUGUGAGUCGGGUUCGCCAAAGGAAGAGCCAACUCUUGCUUGAGGAAAUAGAGGAACUGCGGCGUAAGGAACAUAAACUUCAUGAAGAAAACGAGGAGCUCCGCAGAAAGCUUGUAGACGCAAAGGGAAUAGCAGACGCAGCAGCAAGAGGCGUGCCAGGCCUAGGUUCCAACCUGCAAAGUCCCAAUGCCAGGUCCGAAUCGGCUGCAACACAAUCAGUGCCUCAAGUUUAUCCACUCCAGCCUAAUCUACGAGAUCCUCAGCCCACAUCACAACCAUCUCUACAACUAGGGUUGUUCGCUCAAAGUUCGAGCAGGUCGAGAGGGCCCGCUCAUCAGAAUUCAGGGCCUGAGAAUGAAGCAACCAGCCGCCCAUCUGAGUGGAUGUUGCAACAUUAG